CGACACUUCCGUCUCUGUCGUCCCUGCAUCUCUCAUCACAUUAUCCUUCGGUGUUCGUCAUCUGGUUCGCGGAAUUUCCAGGUUUGAUUUGUACCUGAUGGGGAAAACCAACAAAGAGAACCACAAAGCGAAAACUUCGACUCCUCAUCCGCUGUUAUCUUGCUGUAAGAAAGUGGGAAAGAAAAGAGAUUCAGAGAAAGAAGACACGAAAGAUUCAAGCCAGAAAGAGUGGACGGGAUCAACCUGCCCGAUAUGUUUGGAGCGUCCGCACAAUGCAGUGCUUCUCCUCUGUUCAUCGUACCACAAGGGAUGCCGUCCUUACAUGUGUGCAACGGGCAGCCGUUUUUCCAAUUGCCUGGAGCAAUACAAGAAGACAUACAGUAAAGAAGAGAACACAGCCCGACCUGAACUUUGCUGCCCUCUUUGCCGUGGUCAAGUCAAAGGUUGGACCGUGGUGGAAAACGCCCGUCAGUACUUCAACUCCAAGAAGAGAGCUUGUAUGCAGGAAAGCUGUUCCUUUGUUGGAAGUUUCCGCAAGCUCAAGAAACACAUGAAGGAAAAGCACCCGCAUUCAUGUCCGAGGGCUGUCGACCCGGCUCUGGAAGCCAAAUGGAAGAAGCUGGAGAAUGAGAGAGACAGAAGAGACACGAUAAGCACGAUAAUGUCAUCGACACCAGGUGCAAUUGUGUUUGGAGAUUACGUGAUAGAGCCAUAUAACGACACUGCUUAUGGAGAAGACUACAAUUCCGAUGACGCUUUCAGUUUCUUGGAUCUGAAUCCAUGGCAGAGGCAACGACCCCGUCUCCGCUUCCUUGAUUUGGAAACAGACGACCUCGCCACCUCUUCUCGCUCUGUUCCUCUACCCAGCCCUUCUCUUCGCCAUUUGCUAUUUGCGAGGAGCCAAUUCAGUCGUAGAGGCAACCGAAGCUGAUACAACUGCCAAACAUUGUAGGAGCAGUGUAAAUGUGUAUCCAUUUCCCAUGUUGUUUCCUUGUAACUAUGGCAUUUGUUUUUCUCUGUUCUACAUUGCUCUGUGCUCUGGCAUCAUAUCAUAUGAUCUCUCUUCUUCCUUCUUAUGUAUGCAUUUGUGUAGUUUCCUUCCUGAAACUUUGUUAAAACAGAAGAAAAAAAGCUUCAUUUCGGAUUAGGAAAAAGCUAUUUAUACUCCUUGGAAGA